CAUCCUUUCAUCUUCUCUCUGCUCAACCUACUCAUCCUCCAACAACAAUAACAACAACAACAACAAAAUGUCAGUAGAAAACUUAGCUAUCUCUUCUUUCUCUCUCCUCCCUUCUGCAACUUCUUCCAUUCUCUCUCUCCCCAUUUUUAUAUCAUUCAUCUUCUUCCUCUCCAUCUUUUCUUUCUUCCUUUACCCAGGUGGUUUAGCUUGGGCCGUAUCUCUCCUCAAGCCCAACAAAGCCCAUCCUACUUCCGCCAUUCCCGGUCCAAAUGGGCUUCCUUUCGUGGGCUUGGGCUUUGCCUUCACUUCUGAUAAAACCCACAGAAUUCUAGCUAAGUUAGCCUAUAAACUCCAUGCUAGCCCAUUAAUGGCUUUCUCUGUCGGGUUGACCCGUUACGUGAUCGCUAGUCAACCUGAGUAUGCUAAAGAGAUUCUGAAUAGCUCCGAAUUCGCUGACCGACCCAUUAAAGAGUCAGCGUACAAACUCUUGUUUAAUCGGGCAAUGGGUUUCGCCCCGUUUGGCGAAUACUGGAGGAAUUUGAGGAGGAUAUCAGCAACAUAUCUAUUUAGCCCUAGGAGAAUUUCGACUUUUUCGGUCCUCAGAGAGGAUAUUGGUAGGAGAAUGAUGGAAGAAGUUAAGGUUGUUAUGGGUAAAAAUGGAAAUGUUGAGAUUAAGAAUGUUUUGCAUUUUGGGUCUUUGAAUAAUGUAAUGAUGAGUGUUUUUGGUAGAGAGUAUGAUUUCUUUGGGAAUGAGAAUAAAAAUGAAGCUCAAGAACUUGAAGGGUUAGUAAAAGAAGGGUAUGAAUUACUUGGAAUAUUUAAUUGGGCUGACCAUUUUACCCCUUUAAGAUGGUUGGAUUUACAAGGUGUAAGAAAGAGGUGUAAGUCACUUGUUGAGAAAGUGAAUGUGUUUGUUGGUAAAAUCAUUGAUGAACAUAGGAAUGUGAGGAGAGAGAAGAUAAAUAAUAAUAAUGAUGAUAUUGAUGGAUCUUCUAAAGAUUUUGUUGAUGUUCUUCUUGAUUUGGAAGAUGGAGAGAACAAACUUGCUGAUUCUGAUAUGAUUGCUUUACUUUGGGAAAUGAUCUUCAGAGGAACUGAUACUGUUGCAAUCCUACUUGAAUGGGUUUUAGCCAGGAUGGUUUUGCACCCAGAUAUUCAAGCCAAAGCUCAAGCUGAAAUUGACACCAUUGUUGGAACCAACCAAGUUACUGACUCAGACCUCCCUAAACUCCCCUACCUCCAAGCCAUUGUCAAGGAAACCCUCCGUGUCCACCCACCCGGCCCACUGCUCUCAUGGGCUCGUCUUUCGAUCCACGACACUCAUGUUGGUCCCCAUUUUGUCCCGGCGGGCACUACUGCAAUGGUUAACAUGUGGGCCAUAACCCAUGAUGAGAAAAUCUGGUCCAACCCAAAUGAGUUCAACCCUGAGCGGUUCAUGAAGGAGGAUGUUUCUAUCAUGGGUUCAGACCUCCGGCUUGCUCCUUUCGGGGCAGGCAGGCGGGUCUGCCCAGGGAAGGCGAUGGGGUUAGCGACUGUUCAGCUUUGGUUAGCUCAAAUGCUGCAGAAUUUCAAGUGGGUUCCUUCUGAUGAGCAUGGUGUUGAUUUGACUGAGUGCUUGAAGAUGUCUAUGGAGAUGAAAAAGUCUUUGGUUUGUAAGGCUGUUCCUAGGGUUACUUCUGCUGCUUGAAAGCCUUCUAUAACGUGUGCUGGUUUUAUGAGGAAAUCUACGGUCCACAAUCUCUAGCCCGUAUCUCUUGCUCUCUUCCAUGAUUUUGCACACUUUUGUAUGGGAGAUAUUACAUAGGCUACGUUAUUUAGGGACAGCUCGAGUCGAGUAUAUGUUAAUGUUCUUUUGAACCUAUUUACUGAGCUAAUAUAUAAUAUAAUGUGUAUUAAAGCUCGUAAA